GACACACACACACACAAACACACUGACACACACACUGACUGAUUGACUGAACCUUCCCAGCUGGGUCCCUUAACAUCUGCCAAAUAAGUAGAUGUUAUGAAAACAGCACACAGGUGACGUGGAGAGUCAUAGUGUGUAUCGUUGUCGGACUCGCAGGGUGUGUGGAAAGGAGCGCAGAUAGAUACACCAAGGGCACGGUGUAAACAGAAUGGGGCGCUUUGUGAUCUUCUGGCUGUGCUUAGCCUGGCUGACCCUCCUCACAGACACGUCCCCGAUUCUAACCGAGAAGGAUGCCAAACAGCUUCUGCGGACCAAGCGGAGUGACAGAGUACUGACAGCAGGAUUCCCUGAUGAGCCCAUGCGGGAAUACCUGAUCUACCUUCAGACCCUGGAGAGACGAUCGGAGGAGCAGUUUUAUGAACACUGGCUGAAUCCUCACUGUAAACCUCACUGUAACAGGAACUGGGUCCACCCAGUCUAAGUGAACCUUGCUUUUUCCCUCAGGAGAGAGUCUGCGUUCUCCCUCAGGCAAUGGAUCAAGGCUGAAUCAUCCACAUCGGUGACUGAGAAUCACAUUUAAAGCUAUACCUUCAUUUAACAAUUGCUCAACAAGCUUUGCGCUGUAACCAUUUGCAAAACUAUGUGUAAACUUCAAACAUAUUGGCAUUUUCUGAAGCAGCAGGGUUGAAAAAGAGGGAGAGGUUGAGGGGAGAGUGAGAUGUGUAAGAUUUCACGGGGAGAGUGAAGGAUUAUGUAAUAUUACCAAGAGGAUGUGACACUUAGACUGACUUCUGCCCAGGCUUUGCAAUGCCCGGCUUCCUGUCUCCCAUCUACAGGGUCCUGUUUAUAGCCUGUCCUUGGUGCUGCGUUUUAGAACAUUUUUGCUUGUUGUUUGGGCUCUUUUCAGCCCAAUGCCUGAUCCCAAACCUAGCACUGGAUUUUUGGAGUCUCUUGGGACAGUUCUCCCAUGAGGUAUUUACAAGGAAAUUGAAGGGUUGGAGUGGGGAACUGGGACGAGCCCCUUUUUGCUUCAUUGUUAUGGGACCAUUAGCCCACGACUCAUGGAAAAUGGCAUCCGGGGAGAAGGGGGUGGGGGGGGGGGGGGGUUCUGCCAGGGAACCUGGCAUCUGCCCCUUUACCCCUUCAUGCUGACCUUUGCACCCGGAGAAAUAGACAGUGCCCAGGGGUAACGUUGAGGGAAAUGAGUGGAAUUUUGGGAAGGGUUUAGUGAGGAAUGGGAAGAGGAUGGAGAGAGAGGGAGAUUGCCACCAGCUCAUUGUGCUUGAUGCAAACCUCCUGCCAUUAGCGUAAAGCAAAUACAUUAAAGCGUUAAUUAGCGGUUCAUCG